CAGAACGUCCUGGCUAUGCUCAUGCACGUUCAAUCUGUCAGGAAACUAAGCUGCGCGGUGAGCUUCCGGACCUCUCCAUGAAGUCCGUCCAGAGUACCUGACUAUGAAACGCCUUACCAUUUUAAAGCUCGCCAAGAAGGCUUUGAAGGAAGUCGGUUAUCUUUGUAGCUCCCAUUCCGAAAAGGGAUUUCUCGUGUACCCAACCAUUCUGCAAGAGCGGACGACCAGUUCCAAAUACGUUCUCCAACUCAAUGACGCUAUGAUUCUUAAUCUGGAGAAGAGUGCUGUACUGGCAGACAAACUGUUGAUGGCAACGAGACGUCGUGAGGGCAGCCAGAUUGAAGAGAUUGACACAUCCGCUCUUCAAGACAGUCUGUACCAUGACGCACGUCACCAAUCUUCUGUGAUCAUGCGCAUGCAAGAUGGCACAGCGCAAGUCGAAGGUAUAAUAAACAGCCAGCUAAGAAUAAAGCCUCUUCCCAAUGGCGAACGUUCACUUCAAGGUGAAAUGCCACAUUUGGUAUAUGAAGUUCAAGAAAAGAAAGAGCGCGUCAUCAACUUCGGGAGCGGCCGAUUUUGGGAACAAAUCCUUAGACAGAUAGCCAACAUGGGAUACUUCGUUGUAGAACUUCACGUCGUAUCCGACAGAGAGCAUCAAAAAUACUUUAAAACGAACGACGAUCUAAUUGCAUACAUGGCAGUCAUGACAAAUGCAGUCAAUUUAAGGUACCUGGACAUGAAGAGACCAAGGAUAAAGUUCAUGCUAGUUGGAGUAACGAGGAGUCUAGAAGACGGUUUCGCUAAAAUUAUAGACGAUGCUAUUAUUGGGGCAGAAACAUUGGAAGGCUUGAUAGAAUAUUACAAAGAAGGAAGAAUCUCUGGUGCACCUGAUUUAGUGCAUCUCAUAACUGGCCGAGACAUGGCCCGCUAUGAAAAUGGCACUCUGGAUAGGAGCUACAACGGAAUCUCAAAUACUGGCGCUGUCUGCACUAAGUAUGCAGUUGGCUUAAGCGAAGAUGCUGCAACGUCAUUCCUGGGAGUACAUGUCAUGGCUCAUGAACUUGCUCAUGUGUUGGGGGCGCUACACGAUGAUUUUCCGAAGUGCCCGUGGUCAGAAGGAUAUCUGAUGAGUUACGUGGAUGGAGGAAUUAAGAGAUAUCGGCUUUCUCUGUGUUCUGAAGAGGCGAUACGUAAUACUGUGAAGAAACUUCCAUGGCAGUGUAUAAUGGUGCUCGCGCGCACGAACUAUAUGUCCCGCCACAAGGCACUUCCAGGCCAAAAAGUCAGCGCAGAGCAUUAUUGCAGGGAAUUUCUGAAGGAAGAUGGGAAGCGAGAGAAUGUCUACUCCGUAAAGAGUGAACGUCUUACCAACAGGUGCAAAAUGGAUUGCUGCUAUUCAUCAAACCAUAGAACCAAAAUUUGCCUGGAAACUGACAUACUAGAUGGAAUGGGGUGUGGUAACGGGAAGACAUGCAGAAGAGGCAUCUGCGGAAACCACACAUAUCCGCAGCUUUGAUGGACAUGCUCUUCGGCUCAGGUUUAAAUCCCCCGAAAAGCCAACAACAUCUAUUUUGCCUUGUUUCCCUGAGUGCAUGUUAUGAAUAGAAAGUUCAAUUGAUUGUCUGUGUAGUUCCGGUCGUAUAAGCAUCAUUUAUUGUAUUAGGUAU